AGAACAGCACACAGAGGGACUUCAAUUCUCCUUUGUGAGCGACCUCCUCCUUCUCCUCCACUCAACGCUUCUGCAAGCUCCUGAUCACUUUCUCUAGCUCGCUUCUCCAGCACCAAACACCAACCAUGUCAGUAAGAAGCGUGAGGAAGUCCUACUCCAGCCAGUCGGCCUACAAUGUCCCGGUCGGCUCCAGCCGAAUGAGCAUAACCAGCACACGUCGCUCUGGUGUUGGCUCUGGGUUCGGCCAAGGCGGUGGCGGUGGCGGCAGCUACAGCUUCAGCAGCAGCAGCAUCGGUGGAGGUGGUGGAGGCUAUGGGUUCGGCGGCGGUGCCGGUGGCGGUGCUGGCUUCGGUGGAGGCUUUGGUGGAGGCCUUGGUGGAGGCCUUGGUGGAGGCUUCGGUGGAGGCUACGGUGGAGGCUUCGGUGGAGGUUCCUCCGCAGGUGGCUUUGUCCCAGCUCCCAUCACUGCUGUGACGGUGAACCAGAGUCUGCUGCAGCCACUCAACCUGGAGAUUGACCCCAACAUCCAGGCCGUCCGCACCCAGGAGAAAGAACAGAUCAAGACCCUCAACAACCGCUUCGCUUCUUUCAUCGACAAGGUGCGCUUCCUGGAACAGCAGAACAAAAUGUUGGAGACCAAGUGGAGCCUCCUGCAGGAACAGACCACCACCCGCUCCAACAUUGACGCCAUGUUUGAGGCCUACAUCGCCAACCUGCGCAGACAGCUGGAUGGCCUGGGCAAUGAGAAGGUCAAGCUGGAGGGAGAGCUGAAGAACAUGCAGGUUCUUGUUGAGGACUUCAAGAAGAAAUAUGAGGAUGAGAUCAACAAGCGUGCAGCUGCUGAAAACGAGUUUGUCCUCCUGAAGAAGGAUGUUGACGCAGCCUACAUGAACAAGAUUGAACUCGAGGCCAAGGUCGAUGCUCUCCAGGAUGAAAUCAACUUCCUCAGGGCAGUCUACGAGGCUGAGCUGCGUGAGCUGCAGUCUCAGAUCAAGGACACUUCAGUUGUGGUGGAGAUGGACAACAGCAGGAACCUGGACAUGGACGCCAUUGUGAAUGAAGUCCGUGCUCAGUACGAAGAUAUCGCCAACAAAAGCCGUGCUGAGGCCGAGAGCUGGUACAAACAGAAGUUUGAGGAGUUGCAGUCCUCCGCUGGUAGUUAUGGUGAGGACCUGCGCUCUACCAAGGCUGAGAUCGCUGAGCUGAAUAGAAUGAUCGCCCGCCUGCAGAACGAGAUCGAGGCCGUCAAGGGACAGCGUGCCAACCUGGAGGCCCAGAUUGCUGAGGCAGAGGAGCGUGGUGAGCUGGCAGUGAAGGAAGCCAAGCUCCGCAUCAAGGAACUGGAGGAUGCUCUCCAGAGAGCUAAGCAGGACAUGGCCAGGCAGGUGCGCGAGUACCAGGAGCUCAUGAACGUCAAGCUGGCUCUGGACAUCGAGAUCGCCACCUACAGGAAACUCCUGGAGGGAGAGGAGACCAGAAUCUCUUCUGGUGGAUCAGCUGCCACCAUCCAUGUGCAGCAGACCUCUGGAGGCUUUGGCGGCGGAUUGUCAAGCGGAUACGGAGGAGGAUUCGGCAGUGGUGGUGGUGGCUUCGGCAGUGGUGGUGGCUUCAGCAGUGGUGGUGGUGGCUUCAGCAGUGGUGGUGGCUUCAGCAGUGGUGGUGGCUAUAGCAGUGGUGGAGGCUAUAGCAGUGGUGGCGGCACAAGCAUCAGCAGAACCUCUGUGAAAAGCGUUAGCAGCCAAAGGCGCUACUAAUCAGAAGCUUCCCAAUUUUCCCUGCACCUUCAUCAACAACACAUCAAUGGUGCUAAAUGCUAGCGACAAGCCCAACCUGAACCAUCAAACCAUUUUCUGAAUACUGUUCUGUUUUUUUUUCACUAGAUAAAAAAAGAUUAGGAUGAUAUUUUAGGGGGUAGAUGUUAAUCGAUGACACUUCCUCUGAAUUUUUAUCUAAAUGUAGACCAAAAGGAAACCAAGAAGAAUGUAAAGGGAAAUCUUUGAUUCUCUUUAACCCUGCUGAAAUUCUUUAUUUUCUGCACUGAUAUGUUCUGGGGAAAAGGAAGACUAGAUAGGUGUAAAGGUUAAAAAGACCAAAGCUGUUUGUUAAAACCACUGAAGCCAAACUUAGAAUAGCGCGAGUGUUAAUGUGACAGUAGGUGAGAGAUUUUCAAAACGUGUCCCAUCGUGAUAGACGUUUUCAGCCAGCACAAGGCUGCUUCCAGUGAUAAACACAAUCACUGUAUUUUUUUUAAUGAUGGACGCGUACGUUUACACUGUGAGCAGAUCUGUUUUGACGUAAACCGCAUCACCUAUGGGUUCCUGAUGACGAUCCUCUACUCUCCUCACGUUCUAAUUCGGCAGCUGUUUGCUAACUUACAUCACUGACCAACUACACAAGCUUUUGUCCUCCUCGUAGGCUCGACUUUCCUUCUAGAGUACAAUUGAGGACUGCAAUCCCUCGCUCUCAGUCUGUCCCAGAUCUGUUUUCAUCUUUUUUUUUUCUCAGACAAAAAAAAAAUUCAGACAAAAAGCAGACGAUAGGACCAGGUUUAUUGUUUGUCAAAUGACAUUGUGACACCAUCAAAACCUGCAUGCAAUAAAUCUGAGCACUAUAA